GGCAGCCGCUCUGAUUGGUCCGCUCACUAGCAUCACAUUCAGGUUAGCAUGAAGCUACAUGCUACCACCUGUUAGCGUCAGGUGGGGCUAAAACUGUGACGUAUUUUCAGAGACAGGAAAAGGACGUGUAUGAAGCUCCAGACCAACAUGACCGUCUCUGAUCAGUCUCCAUGUUUGAGGUUUAAAAGGAGGCAUAUAACACUGAACAGCGUCUCUGAACCCCCGCCCCCUAGUGGUCAGGUGGUCUAACUGCCGUGCUAACAGUGCAGUUAUGCAAAGAGACAAACUUCCAAUCUAAAUCAGACUCCAGCUGUCUCUAAAUGUCCAACCUCGACCUGAUUGGUUCCUUUCUCAGGUCAGUUCACCUCAGCCGUGAGCCUGGCGUGCCGGUCAGGAGUGGAUCUGCCGUCUUUGACUCUUCGGCGAACGACAAACAGCCAGCCAGCGGAGUCUCGUGAUUUGCUCACAGCGAAUGAAUGACAUGUAUCAGUCAGACUGUGAAACAAACGGACGACUUGAGUCAAGCAGAGGAGGGAGGGGUGUAGCGUCGUUCACUUCCUGCUGAGCAGCGGUUGGUUAAGGUAGGCUAAGAUAAAACGGGUCAUUAUGGCGUCUUUACAUUAAAACACGUUUAAACUUUUAUGUAAGAAGAUUUAAUUUCAGCCGAUUUAAAGAAAUAUGAUAUUUGAUAUCUUUAAAAGUAUCUGAAUCCUCGCUACAGCUGACAUCUUUAUUUAUUUUUAAUCUCGCCACUUUUCCAUCAUAUAAAAGAACGACGCUAAACGAGCGACACACAGAGAGGUGAGUUUUUCAGGUCGGGGGAGUGAUUCUUCCUUCAGGACUUGGUGAAUGAAAGACAUGAGUCACCCAGUGAACGACGCUGUGACUUCAGCAGCAGGGGAGGGGAGGGGCUAAUGAACGAACUCGCCGCUGUGUCACUCACUGAUGUUCUGCAGCGACAGGACGGGGCUCCGAAACACUGACUGAUUCAGUGAACGAAUCUUUUAAACGAAUCCUUUUAAUGAACAGAUUCUAAAGAUUCAGUCUAAAGAGCUGAUCUUCCAUCACCAUCUGGCGUUGACAUUUGUCCCUUUUUCUCACAUGUCCAGUUAACUCAUGUCCCUCCACGUUCUCACACAAAUGUCCCUGAGAUUUAAAUGUUGUCUUCACACGUCCAUGUGUCUCACUGAUGUCCCGUCCCUUAAAGACACGUGUUUUUUCAGAGUAUAGAACUUUAGUAUAUAUUUAUAUCUGAAUGUGUUAUUGGACUUCAGACUUCCUCUUCAAACGCCCCCCCCGUCUCAGAGACAUGUCUCACUGUGUUCAGUCCUGCCUCUCCGUCUCUCACGUCCUUAUCUCAGACUGUCAUCUGUCCUUCUGUCCUCGGCUUUUGUCUCAUUUAUGUCCCUCUGUGGAUCACAUGAUGGUUUCUGUCUCACUAACACAUGUCUCUGUCUCAUAUUUCCAGAGUGUCGUGUUUUCCUCUCACACAUGUUUCAUGUGUCUGAUGUCCUGUUCCUCUUCUGUCUCUGCGUCUCUCACUUAUCUGUCUGUUUUUCUCAGUUCUCAUGUUCCUGUUAACUUUGUGGUCUUUAGUCGAUAAUUCAGAGUUUUUUCAGAGUAAAUCGAUGAGUCAUUGAGCUCUCUGAAGUCACUUGGACAGGGGUGAGACAUGUCUUGUAGGCGGAAACAUUCAGUCCCAGUUUGAGAUCAUCCAUAAUUAUAAACAAUAUCAGAAGUUUUUCCCUUUAUCAGCGACCGGAGAUCAGAUGAUUUUUAUUUCAGGAAAUGACCCAGCCUCGAUACACUUUCAUUUGAUCCACUCCCAAACAGACACCCUGGAGGGUUACUAAGGAAUGAGACUGGUCCUCACAAGGAUAGACAAAUGAGACACCCCCCCAAAACACACACACACACACACAUACACACACACACACACACACACACACAUCUGGAUUCCAUCAGCAGGCGAGUCAGCUCCGGGCUCAGAUACCAGACUGACAGCAGAGCCUCUCUGAGCGCUGAGACCAGAAACUGUUUGUUCUUUAACACCGUCGUGGAUCAGAGCAGAACCGGACUGACCAACAGGAGCAGGAGGAGGAGGAGCAGGAAGAGACCAGCAGCUGCAGAGAGGACACGGAGGAGACACAAGAAGAAGACCUGAAAGGAAAAUGAAGACCAGGAUGUUUGUUUGGACUCUGCUCCUCGUCUCUUUGCUGCCGUUUGUCUUCAGUCUCUCUCCGUCUGCUCGUCCUGCAGAUGAAUGUUCUGGCAUGUCCGUCCGUAAGUCCUCUUUGUCUUCUUCUUCUUCUUCUCUGUCCUCGUCUUCAGCACACAUGGACAGGUAGAGACAGGUCUGACUCCAAAGCUUCUGUUUCACAUCAGGACAUGUUUUUAUUGGGUUUACUCAUUAAAAGAUUCAACUGAUCCAACUUUCACACACACUUACCCUUAUGUGUUUCUGUUUUUAUACCGCUGGGAGGACCUGACUUUGGUGUUUACAGAGUGGGGACAUAAUGAGGACAUGAGUUUAAUGUUGGAGUUCUGUAGUGUCCUGUUAGAGUUGGUGUCCACACAUGUUUACAUGAAGAUAAACAUCAGAUCCUGUUUACAGAGCACUGAAGGAACUCAAAUAUGUGCGACGACUGACUGGAACACCCGUAAACCGUGACCCUACAACCUCACUGAAGAGUUAAACACUCACACUGUGAGAACUUCAGCUCAGACCCCCGCUGUCUGUUCGAACCCGAAACCUUCUGUUUGUUUUUACAAUGUGAGGAACAAAAAUGGUUAAAUAGACAUAAACCAGUUACCCCCAACUUCCACCGCAUCCGGAACGGCUCUAGUCUGGAAUGGCGGCGAUUUUCACUGUACGCCAAUUCCUACCGGAUCCGUUUGUGAGGCGAAUUUCAUGGCGGAUUACGGACAUCGGUAGAACCCACGGAUUCAUGUUCAAUCUCUCGAUAACGAGUUGUCUCUCUAAAGACAGACACAUAGACAUAUAAGCAGUAGAUUGUGUCCUUCCAGAGGAGGAAAUCUACUUCUAGACUUCUAGAAUCAGCAUCUCCUCAUCCAUGGUGUCAUCGGGGUGAAAUGACGUCUAAAAACCUUUCACUUGUUCGUCGUUCGUGUUUUAUUUUGAAAAGAAGCAGGAUGUUUUAUUUUGUGUCUGUGCCCGACUUCCUUUCCAGCACGGGUUAAUCUGUGCUGAAUUUAUCCGCCAUGCUCCGGCGUCCAGAAAAACUAGAACUCUUGUGAUCAGCUGAGGAGUCCGGCGAUCCGCAGAGGAACGGAAAGAAGUCGGUGUAAAUUGACACGUUAACUUGAAUGGUUACGAUCAGCUACGAUCGGAGGAUACGACCUUUUAGUAGCCGAGAAAUCUUCUCAUUUUACAUUUGAUGUCAGCAGCAUGUUUGUAAAAGCCGAUCCACGUUCAUGUUCCUCAUCAUGUGUCCUCAGCUCUUCUUCCUUGUUUAAAACUGAGGAUGCAGCAUCUAUGAUUUCUAGACAGGGUUCGACUCUAACUUUGUUCACAUGUUCUCCUAAAAUGAAAAAGUAAGGAGCACAAAGAACUUUAGGGGAUCAAUGAAAACUGAUCAAUAAUGUUUGUCUCAUUGAUCGACCUUAGUACUACUAUUAGAAACCAAUUUUAGGUCUUUUGGUCACAUGACAGUGAAGCUGUUGAAGGAAAACAGCCUUUUCUGAGAACAUCAACCGGUAAUUUAUUGACGGUCCCUUAUUCAACACCGACGUUGACAGUGAGGGUGUCGAGUAGAUUUAACCGCGCUGCUGUUGUUAUUCCCCGUUAUGGUUCGCACACAUCUAUUUUUAGUUGCAAAUGCGAGUGAAACGGUCGCAUUGACGAGCCCUGCCAGUUCUUCGUUGAAAGGACAACUGGACUUAGUUGAGACGUUUAAGGCGAAACGUCUCAACUAAGUCCAGUUGUCCUUUCCAAAAGAGUGUUAGUUUUUGAUCCAUCAGACCUCAGGCCGGUUCACAGUGAUGAUGCCCCUAACCCUCUUUAAGACCUUCUGAUCCAUUUGGUUCCUUCAGGUCUGACCUGUGUUCUGGUCUCUGCAGGUCUGCGGGCGUUCCGGUUGAAGACUUCCUGUAACUUCACCACUCUGAAGGAUAAACAGCUGAAGGAGAUUCAGGCUCCGACCACCAACCUGUACCUGCCGGUCCUCUACCUGCUGGCCUUUAUCGUGGGUCUGCCCACCAACCUGCUGGCUCUCUGGAUCCUGGUCUUCAGGACCAAACAUCUGCCAUCCACCACGCUGCUCAUCAACCUGACGGCGGCGGACUGCUUGCUGCUGCUGGCCCUGCCCUUUCGGAUCGUGUACCACUUCCGGGGGAACCACUGGGAGCUGGGUGAGGCUUCCUGUCGUGUUGUCAUGGCGAUGUUUUAUGGGAACAUGUACGGGUCUGUGUUGUGUCUGGCUCUGGUGGCCCUGGACCGCUACAUCGCUUUGGUUCACCCAUUUGGCGCCAAGACACUGCGUAGCCGCCAAACGUCUAUGUACAUGAUGGCGGCCAUGUGGUUGGGGGUCCUGGCGGCCAUGCUCCCCCUGCUGGUGUCUCGGCAGACCUACUAUCUGGACGAGCUGCAGAUCACCACCUGUCAUGAUGCGCUGCCGGAGGAAGAGCAAGAGAACUACUUCCUGCCGUACUUUAGCAUCUUGUUCACGUUCUGCUUCCUGCUGCCCUUCGUGGUCGUGGUGUUCUGUCACUGCGCCGUGCUGCGCACCCUGCUGGCCGAAGGGAAGCGCUACAGCCGUGCGGUGUGGGCGACGGUGCUGGUGCUGCUGGUCUUCAUCGUGUGCUUGUUACCUAGCAACAUCCUCCUCCUUCUCACAUACGCCGACAGCUCACUGGACGGAGAUGGCGAGGACAUGUACGUCCCCUACAUGGUUAGCUUGGCGGUUAGCACCUUCAACAGCUGCAUCGACCCCUUCAUCUACUACUUCAUCUCCACGGAGUUCAGGGAGAAGGCGAAAAACGUGGUGUGCUGCCGCGGCAACGACAAACCAACCGUGUCCUCUUCCCACACCUCCUCCUCAGGCCCGAGGUCAAAGAUCACCCUGCUGUCCAGGUCCACUAAGAGCGGGACAUCCGAGAGGGGACAGUGUUUACCUGUGGACACGACAAACUGAUCACAUGACCGCAGAUGACAUCACAGCUGUCCGGUGAUGUCAGACUGACCAUAUGAAGGAAGAAUCUGUCCUGGCAGGGGAAGGUCCCGCCCUCCUUCACCUCUGAUUGGCUACAAGUGCUGGGCUCCGAUUGGUUAUUCCUGAUGGCUGUGAAACGUCAUCGUCUGUCGGGUUGGAGUUAAGGUUGGGAGAUCCAGAACUGCGAUAAUGUUCUGGUCGGUGUUCAGAGCCGACAGCGUGUGAUGACGUCUCCAGCUCUUCUAGCCAAUCAGAGGCGAAGGAGGCGGGACUUUCUCCUACCAUCCUACAAAAAAAUGGCGUCAUGGUCACAUGACCGAUUCACUUUAUUUACAGUUAUAUUAAAACAGCGUUUUCGUGUGAAAGCUUUAAAAACAAGAUUUAUUCAUCAGCUGUUUGUUCUGUGAAGUAAAAUAUGAAUAAAAAAAUAUAUUUUUAUAAAAUCUACGACAUCGAACUCUGAUGAUGUCAUUUCCUGUAUGAAUAAUAGAUUUGUUCUUAAAAUAAAUGAAUAAAUAAUUAAAUUAAUUAAAGAAAGAUGCUAACAGACUGGUCCAUGUUGUGAUGCUGAGAACAAAACGAGAUUAGAAACUGUGCCGAUGUAUUAAAGGGACAUUUCAGAGUUUUUGAUGUGAGGGUGUGAAGACGCCUCAAACCGUGAAACCACCAACAGAAACCGUUUCCUGCAGACGACUCUGUACAGGAUUUAACUCAUUUAGGACUGACCUCAUCUUUGGUCUGAACUCUGCUCAGAGAUGAGUCAGUCCUUUACUUCCCCGUCAGUAAAACGCCUUUUUUUUUUUCUUCUUUUUGAAUGACACACAAAGACGAGCUCUUCUGUAAUCAGCUGAUCCGCUCGGUGACGUUUGAGUCACUUUAAGAUUAUAAAUGUAGAUAUUUAAUGUUUUUUCUGCAGCAGCUGAAGCCUCAGAUCUUCCUCUGGACACACUGAUGUGUGUAGAGUUUGUUCUUCCAGAUUCAGAGGCUCCCUCUGAGGAUCCUGACCCGGUCUGAUCAGGUGAACAGAUCCUCUGGUCCAGGGUUUGUCUUCAGAGUCAUUUAUUUGCCAUUUGCAGAAAAAUAAAAACACAUUUGAAAGCAUUUGCAAGAGGACAAAGACAGACAAAGUAAGUUACAUAGAAACAUAGAAUAAGGUUAAGUUAAAAUUAUAGUAAAGAAGGACACUGCAAGUCAUAAUAGUAAUAAUCAUAAUAAUAAAUAAUAAUGAUAAAGAUAAUAAUAGUAUUUAAAAACUUCUAUUUGACCCUAAGUGAUCAGACACAACAUGAAAUGAAGUAACGCCCUGAGGUCAGAGGUUAUUCAGGAAAAGAAAGAAACAGGAGGUAGAACGUUUGAUUGAGCCGGACCGUCUACCGGCGGGGAGGAGAACAGAAAGGCUGGAGGCGGGGUCAAUGAUGUCACUCAUUAAUUUUGAAUCCCGAGCCCGGAGCCUUCAAUUCUAAAGUGCAUCUAGUUUAGGCAGGUCAAUGUCAAUCAUUUCUGAGCCAGACUGACUUUUCUGGUCCGAGAUUUUCGGUCCUGUUCAGUGAGGGUAAUAAACCCAAACUGUAGACGAAGAGGUAAGAAUACUUUUGAUGAUACACCGAUAAAAGUUCAUUAAAAUCUGACAAUUAGAGGAGAAAUCUUUGAUUUUACAAAGGAAGAAAAGUCGUGAAGACGCUCAGACAUUCAUCUUCUCUGACUGAACUCCUGAAUGUUGGAGAAGGUGGGAAACAAACAGCGUUGGUCUUCAGUGAUGGUCUCAGACUGCAGCCUGGUCUGAACUGCUGAUAGAUCCAGAUUCCCAAGUCUGAGUCCUGACAGUUACCCACAAACAGUUCCUCUGUAGAGCUCAGACUUUACACACCUGAACCACCAGGUAAUUUCUCUCCUGCUCCACUGUCCUUCUGAGCACUGAGUCACCUUCCUCCCUCAUCAACUCCGG